AUGGCACUCGCCGGCCCCUCCGGUCUCCGCGGCCUCAUCCACAACCGCCGCGUCUUCGCAAUCGCAAUCUUUGCAUCCUUUGGUGGUCUCCUGUACGGAUACAACCAGGGUGUCUUCUCCGGCGUGUUGACCAUGCCGUCCUUUGGCGCAAAGAUGGGAUCAUACGUCACGGAUUCUGGGAAGAAGGGGUGGUUGACGGCUAUCCUCGAGCUUGGAGCGUACUUUGGUGCCUUGUUCAACGGGUACAUCUCUGAGCAGAUCGGGAGAAAGAGGUCGAUUAUCGGCGCGACCAUCAUCUUCUGUAUUGGUGUCAUCGUACAAGCCGCUGCUCAAGGUCCCCAAGCAAUCAUGGGCGGACGUUUCAUUACGGGUAUGGGUGUCGGAUCCCUGUCGAUGGCAGUACCGAUGUACAACGCCGAACUCGCUCCACCCGAGGUCCGUGGCUCACUCGUCGCACUCCAACAACUCUCGAUCUGUUUCGGUAUCUUGAUUUCAUUCUGGAUAGAUUAUGGUACGAACUACAUCGGUGGUACCGGAUCUACCCAGUCUGAGGCCUCAUGGCGUGUCCCUCUCGCUCUCCAACUCGCUCCCGCCUUGGUGCUUGGCGUGGGAAUGAUCUUCAUGCCCUUCUCCCCUCGCUGGCUCAUGAACCAAGGCCGCGAAGAAGAAGCUCUCCAAGUCCUUUGCCGUGUCCGUGGUCUCCCUCCCACCAAUGAGUUGAUUAGGAUCGAAUUCCUCGAAGUCAAAGCCCAAUCCAUGUUUGAAAAAGAGACUCAGAGAGAGAUGUUCCCGAAUCUCCAGGGCGGCGAUUGGAUUUCGAACCUCAAGCUCGAGAUGUACGGAUACCUCUCCCUCAUCACCACUCGCUCCCUUUUCCGUCGAGUCGCAGUCGCCUGUUUGAUCAUGUUCUUUCAACAAUGGACCGGAAUCAACGCAGUCCUCUAUUACGCACCCACAAUCUUCCAGAACCUUGGUCUCAGCGGAAACACCAUCUCCCUCCUCGCAACCGGCGUCGUCGGAAUUGCAAUGUUCCUCGCCACAAUCCCGGCCGUAAUCUGGAUCGACUCUCUCGGCCGUAAACCAGUCCUCGUCAUCGGCGCCCUCGGAAUGGCGUCCUGUCAUCUCAUCAUCGCUAUCCUCUCCGGACUCUACGAAGACAACUGGCCCGCCCACACCGGCGCAGGCUGGGGCGCCGUCGUAAUGGUCUGGCUAUUCGUCAUCCACUUCGGUUACUCUUGGGGUCCCUGCGCCUGGAUCGUCGUCGCAGAAGUCUUCCCCCUCGGCGUCCGCUCAAAGGGAAUCUCCCUCGGCGCCUCCUCGAACUGGAUGAACAACUUCAUCGUUGGACAAGUCACGCCCACCAUGCUAACGCACAUGCGGUUCGGCACCUACAUCUUCUUUGGUUCGUUGACGUUUUUGGGAGCGAUGUAUGUUUUGUUCCUCGUGCCUGAGACGAAGAGUUUGACGUUGGAGGAGAUGGAUUUGUUGUUUCAGGAUAAGAGUGGGAUUUCGAGUCAGGAUCGGGAGAGGCAGGAGAGGAUUAAUAGGGAAAUUGGUGAGCAGAUGGAGAUGCCGGGGUAUGCCAGCGAGAAGGGCAAUGUGUUGCACCAGGAGGAUAUUUCUCCUAUGCACAGUAAUGUGUAG